UGAGAGAUAAAGGUUUAUUAACGGUACAAGAUCCGUAAACUAAACAUAAAGUCUAGCUUUAUUCAUUUGUGUUUUGCAUGUGCAAAUUCAGUAAGGCCAUUUUUUAAUGAACGGUCACAUAAGAGGAAACGACAUGCUACAAUUAAUUAUAUUUGUGUUAUCUUGUUGUUCUUUGGUGCAAUGCCAACUGCCGAGUCUGCUGCUUUUACCUCCCGUUGUUCGGCUUCCAAUAUUAAAAGGAGAUGUGCUGAAAUUAGAGUGUAUUAACACCUAUAAAGGAAGCGCAUCGCCGCUUUCUUUUCGGAAGGACGAUAUGGAUAUACUAGUUGGAAAUGAUAUGGGAUAUCAGAUAACAACGACAAGCACUACGAGCCCCCGUGAUGACACAGUUACGAUCACUACGAAGACAUUGAUAAAGAAUGCCACCACUUUUGCCGAUGAAGGGUCCUACACAUGUUAUUUAGAUGAACCGAUUCUAAGAAGAUCCAUAAUUCAUAUCGUUAUAGUGGACAUUAGGCCCCAGCAUGCCAUGUUCUCGGACUCUGGAUAUUUGUUUUCGGACUCUCGACCAGUAACGCUAAGCUAUGAGAUACGUGGAUGGCCCGAUAGCGUGGAGUUUUCUUGGCAAGGAUUUAACGAUCAGGAUCUUAUCGACGGAGGCAAAUACCAGACGUUCAACAACGGAACACUUGUUAUCAACAAUCCUAAUUGGGAUGACUUGGGGGAGUACAAGUGCAUAGUUACAUUCAACCCUUCAAGUUUUGUGGAAAAGACGGUCAUCACUCCGAAGCCAGUAGCUCUUCGCGGUGGCCCCAAGAUCGUAUCCAGAGACAUAGUUCAGGGAACCAAACUGGAGCUCAACUGCAAAGCGAGAGGUUUUCCGAAGCCUACCAUACAGUGGUUCAAAGAUGGCAAUGAGCUCAACACAACUGUCAGGCUGCACUUCAGCGAUUUCGAGGGAACUGCGAAUGGGAAGCUGAUCAUCUUCAAUCCCACUGACAAUGACGCUGGGGAGUACGUAUGCGUUGCGGGGAAUGACGUUGAACGGUUCAAUACCGAAAAAUAUCUUCACGUUACAAACAAGCCUACAACUUCACGGCAGAUGCAGCCAACUGCACGACAGGAAACUCGGGAUUUUGCAAGCAUCGCCUUCUAUGUAGCAGAGUCAAUAGCGUCGUUGCUUGGAGUGCUAGUGGUUAUCUUAGUCGUUUAUAUUUGCAUAGCGAGAUGGAAACGUCAAUCAUCAACUUAUGAGCACAAUGAAGUAGCGGGAAGUACAGCACCAACCGCAGAGAGGCCAGAGUGUGUACCCCUACAGACGGUGUAAACAAAUGCUUAAAAGUAAUGCACUUGUGUUACUGGAUAUCGGUGUCAUAUACUAUAUAUAACGUGUCAUACUAGUUUGUCAUGCGCAUCUGAUAUUUUUCUUUAAUAAACAUAUUAAAAUACCAAGAUGCGAACAAAAUUAAAUGACGUAAAUGUAUAUCGUAAUGAAAGUACCAUGUAUGGAAAUCAUUUAAAUAACUAAUUUUUUAAUAAGUUCAUCUUCAAUAUCAUAUAUUGGUAAACUGUAGAAAUCAAAAUGUUAAUAAAACUAUCAAACUUAACUCACUUGCAAAUUGAAAAACAAACAAACUGCAUUAUAUGUUUUCCUUGUAUUGUGUAAGUUUAAGUGUAUACAAUCUUUUAUUUUUGCUGAUUUCACCUAAACAUAGUUGAAAUGAUUGGAUUAAUUAAGUAAGAUUAAGCAAAGUUUGAACCGGUGACAGUGACAGCCAUACUAUAGCAGCACAACGUGAGUUUACCUUGAAUGAGC